AAAUCUAAAAGACCUACUCAUCAAUCAAGCUAAGGACGAAAGUCGGCCUUAGUAAUCUGAAGGUGUUAAGUGAAAUUAUUUGACUCAUAUUCAUCAAGAAGGAACAAAAGUCAACCUUAGUGAUCUGAUAGUGCUGAGUGGAGAAUUUCAAGAUAUUCUACUCAUACCAAUGCCAAAGCCGGUUUUAGGCCCAGAACGGCGCACCAAUCCACUAAUUUGGUGUGCAGCUAUAAUCUGCACACUCUUGACCAUAGCCGUGAUCAUCACGGGUAUGGUCGUAUUCAUUGGGUACAUGGUGAUCCGACCCAAAGUACCACAAAUGAGUGUAGUAAGUGCACAUUUAGACAAAUUUUCAUAUGACAUGGCAAGUGUCCUAGUAGUCAAAGUCUCAAUUGUAAUCAAGGCUGAAAAUGACAAUUCAAAAGCCCACGCUAAUUUCUACGAAACAAGUUACACACUUAGUUUCCAUGGUGUUAAAAUCGCGUAUUUAAACGCUGAUCCUUUUGAUGUACCUUCAAAUAAGUCGAUUGACUUGUAUUAUCCUGUUGAGUCAUCGCCAAUUCCGUUGAAACCCGAAGAUGGAGAAAUUGCUGAAUUAUUUUUGAGAAGGGGACAAGUUGUUUUUGAUAUAAGAGGAAAUACAAGAACUAGGUGGAGAGUAGGGAUUCUUGGUUCUGUUAAAUUUUGGUUGCACUUAAAUUGUCAACUUAAGUUUCCUUUGAAUGGAACUACAAUUUAUCCAAAAUGCAGCACAAAAUCCAGAUGAUCAUUUGAUUGGGAGUUCAACAACUUAGGUAUUUUUUGUUGUUUAAU